AUGGGCGAGACGCAGCUGCACAGCACCGAGGCAAGCCUGCAGCCGUGGGUCGAGGACGCUCUCGUGAAGCUGCACGCGCGAAAAAACAGCGGCGCGAAGAUCACUGAGAUUCGCGUGAGUAGCCGAUCCGCCGAAGCAAUCAAGCUCCAGCUACGCCGACUUCAGAACGUCACGCCACUGUGUCUCGUUAUCAGCACUAAAUCACUGUCGCUAUCUUAG